AUGAAUACCCAGCUUCUUCUGACAAGCAAAGGCACUCUGUGGGAAGAAAUUAUGGAUGAAGUGCAAGGUGAAGAUGAUGGUGUUUUGGCGGCAUCUGACCAUGAGAAUUGUAUGGACUCCGCUAACAUAGUGGAAGGUGAAACCUCAUUAGGAGAUUGUUUGAUAGUGCCGGACGUGGGUAUGGAGUUUAAAAAUUUGAAAGAUAUGUUUGACAUGUACAAGAAAUAUGCCUAUGCUGUUGGUUUUUCGGUUAAAAAAAGAAAUUCGAAAAGGGGAGACGAUGUAGAGUUGAGAUAUGUGACAGUGACAUGUGGUCGAGAAGGUCGAGGAAAUGAAAAUAUUGAUGGAUCUUCGAAGCCGCAACCAACAAUACAGAUGGGUUGUAAAGUGAGAAUCUCUGCUUCUGUAGAUAUUUAUGGUGUUUGGAGACUUAAUACUGUCAACCUUGACCAUAAUCAUGAAACUAGCCAUUCGAAGUCCAGGUUAUUUCACUGCAAUAGAGAAUUGAGUGCACACGUAAAGCGCAAGCUACAAGUCAAUGAUUUUGCAGGAAUUCCAUUGCAUAAAAGUUACAAUUCAGCUGUUGUCGAAGCAGGUAGUUAUGAGAACAUGAGUUGCGUGGAAAAGGAUUGCCGAAAUUACAUUGAAAAAGUGAGACGAUUAAGACUUGGGGAAGUGGACGUCGUCGCAAUACAAACAUACUUUUCAAAAAUGCAAGCACGGUGCUCAGGCUUUUUCUUUAGUAUGGAUUUGGACAAUGAUUCCCGAUUGAAGAACAUAUUUUGGGCAGAUAAUCGCUAUAGGCAAGCGUAUAAAGAAUUCGGCGAUGUUGUUACAUUUGAUAUCACUUACUUGACAAACAAGUAUGACAUGUCGUUCGCCUCUUUUAACAUGGCUCCAGUGUGUGCAUGGACAAGCACCGCAGGGGAUAAUCAGGACAGGGCAAUGCAAAAUGCAAUUCAGAUAGUUUUCCCGAACACAAGACAUAGAUGGUGUUUGUGGCACAUUCUGAAAAAGUUGUCUGAGAAGUUUGGACACCACAAAAACAAGGCAUCAAUAUUUGGACGGAUACACGGAUUGGGUAUCAACGACACAGAGAAGCGAGAGUAUGAAUGCAUUCUUUGA